GGAGAGAGAGAGAGAGAGGGAGAAACUCCUCCUACCAAAUUAUUCAGACUGGGCCGGCUCUGCUCUCUUCACAAAUAGGACACGGUUCUCAAAUCCAGGCAGUCCCAACCUGACCUCCAAGCACCGAGGAACCCCGGACUGGGAAACUGGGAAAGAGAAAUCACCAAAAAGAAACAACAACAACAACAAAAAGAAAAACUUUGUGUCAUUAUUUUUUGGCGUGUGUUCACACUGUAGGCCCCCCCUCCCCUCCUCCCUCCGCACCUCCAACACCACUUCCACACCGGUUUGUCGCAUCAUUUGGACUAUAUGUUUUUUUUUUUUUCUUGGUUGUUAUUGGGGAUUUUUUUUUUCCUGGAGGAGAGACAUUCACAGGAAGAAGGAAACCUCCUCCUGCCCCACUCAUGCUGUAGUUUCUUCGUUUUGUCCUUUUCUUCCCGUUGCUUCUGCACUCUGCUGAGGAGAACCUCAGAGCCCAUUUGGAUGCGCUGAGAGAGCGGGGCGCAGCGCUGCAGUACAUUAUAUGGAAGUUGUGGGCUGCAAGACAGAGGCAGGCAGUUGCACGUUGCGUCCAGGACCGGGAGCCAUGCUUUUCCACGGGAUCUCCGGGGAUCACAUCCAAGGAAUCAUGGAGGAGAUGGAGAGAAGGUCGAAAACGGAGUCGCGCCUUGCGAAGGGCAUGCAGCUGAACGGAAGAGAGUCGACCAUGCCUUCUAUGAGCCCAGAGAAGCCAGCCCUGUGUGCCGGCUGUGGCGGCAAGAUUUCGGAUAGAUACUACCUCCUGGCCGUGGACAAACAGUGGCACCUGCGGUGUCUCAAAUGCUGUGAAUGUAAACUAGCGCUGGAGUCGGAGCUAACGUGUUUUGCCAAGGAUGGGAGUAUCUAUUGCAAGGAGGAUUACUACAGAAGGUUCUCCGUGCAGAGGUGCGCGCGUUGCCACCUCGGGAUAUCGGCCUCAGAGAUGGUGAUGCGAGCGCGCGACUCUGUGUACCACCUGAGCUGCUUCACGUGUACCACUUGCAACAAGACCCUGACCACGGGCGAUCACUUUGGCAUGAAGGACAGCCUAGUAUACUGCCGGCUCCACUUCGAGACGCUGGUGCAGGGACCGGACUACCACAGCCAGCUCAACUUCGCCGAGCUGGCAGCCAAGGGAGGCGGUCUCACUCUACCCUACUUCAACGGCACCGGGACGGCACAAAAGGGAAGGCCGCGCAAGAGGAAGAGUCCGGCCAUGGGGAUAGAUAUACCCAGCUAUAACACAGGCUGUAACGAGAAUGACAACGAUCACUUGGACCGGGACCAGCAGGCCUACCCUCCAACACAGAAGACCAAACGCAUGCGGACUUCCUUCAAACACCAUCAGCUGCGGACAAUGAAAUCCUACUUUGCCAUCAACCACAACCCCGAUGCCAAGGACUUAAAGCAGCUGGCCCAGAAAACAGGCCUCACUAAGAGAGUUCUACAGGUUUGGUUCCAAAACGCAAGAGCCAAAUUCAGAAGGAACGUUUUGCGACAGGAGAAUGGAGGUGUUGAUAAGGCUGAUGGCACCUCACUCCCUCCACCCUCAUCCGACAGUGGGGCCCUGACCCCCCCCUCCAGCGCGGCCACACUAACAGACCUGACAAACCCCUCUAUCACUGUAGUGACCUCCGUCACCUCUAGUUUGGACAGCCAUGAUUCGGGGAGCCCUUCGCAAACUACCUUGACAAACCUUUUCUAACAAGCUAUCUCUAGCAGACUGAUUUUUUUUUUUUAAUUUUUAUUUUACUUUAUCUGAUUCUAUUUGUUUUUUUAAAUUUUCUUUUUAUGUUUGUUUGUUUUCCUUCUUCAAUUUACAUUUUAUUUUUUUAAGUGACACCUUUAAAUCAAGCAGAGACAGCUCCUUGGAACAGAAAGUGCUGUACUGUGCACACAAACAAGAACAACAAGAGCAACAUCAGCAGCGACCACAUUAAGACACAAGGAAAGCAUUUUAAUGUGUAGCAUUUGAAACUGCACGGCAGAUGCAGAGAUUGACUCGGGAUGGGACGUUUUUUGGAGAUGAAGGCAUUAAAAAAUUGUCAUGGAAAAAAAAAAAAUCAAAACUUGAAGUUUGCCUGGAAAACUCGCUAUUUUACUUGAUUUGACUUUAUUUGUACAUUUGUAUUGAAUUCUGAUUAAAAACGAGCCCUCCCUAAUUUAUGGUUAAUUGGUAAAUUUUAAAAUAAUAUGAACAUUUUGCCCUCAGAUUCCUGUAUAUGUAUGCACUGUGUUCGCACUAUCCAAUUUAAACAUUUUCUUUUUCUGUUUUGGAAUAAUUUGGAAAAUAAACUUGUAGAAUGUUCUGUAUAUGGGUAACUCCAGAAAACAGGCUUUAAUUAUUUCCGAAUGUUUCAGUCUUAAAGACUGAGUUGGAUGGAAUCGGACAUUGGGAUAUCUCACAGAGCUACGUGUAAAACGUCAAAAUUACAUUGUAAGCGCCUAACCAUUGCAGCUUAUGUGGCAGAUAAGAAACCACAUGCAUUUUGUCUUGAUUCACAACUCUACUGUGAUAAGGAGAGAGAAGCAAAUCCCUCAAUCUGUACAGUGGUAACUGUUCAACAUGUAAUGUCGUCACAUUGAUAGAAAUCGUUUUGAGAAUUAAAAAUCAGCAAGAGAAAUUCUGAUUGGAGAGCAGUCAAUGGGCACUGUGGUAAUCGAUUGUUUUCAUGACAGAGCACUUUUUUUUCCUCUCUCUUUUUUGUUUUUGUUUUUUUUGUUUUUUUGGACUUGUUGGCCUCACAGAUUAACCAUGGAUAAAGCCUAAUGAACAUAUCCAUAGAUCCACAGCUAAACUCAAUUGCACAGUGACAAUAUACUGCCCAGUGAAAAGUGCAUUAUUGUUUUUAUCAUGUUGCUCAGGGUAACGAUGUGAUCUUAAAAAAAAAAAAAAAGAAGAAGAAGAAAAAAGGGAAAAAGACUAGGGGUGAGAAAUUAAGCGGUUGCGAUGUAGAUUUGUAGAGCUGACAUGAACAUUCAAAUGACCUCAUAUAGGUGGAGUCGUAAGAGGCAGCCAGUGGGAAAUCAUUGUCCAUGUGUUCUCCGUUUUGGCCAUAUAUUUAUACUUUCUUUAACGACACUUGCCACUGAACAGACCAAAAACAUGUUUCUUCUGGCUGAAAGAUAGAGAGAGAGAGAAAAGAAAGAGCGAGCAAAUCUUCAAUGGAGUUGAUACAUUUCAUUGUGAGCGUCACAGUUUGUUCUGUUGGAGGACAAAGUGGCACUCCUGAUCUACUCAAUGAAGUAGACGCCUAACUCAGUUCUUCUAUGUGCCUUACGCUAUAACUUGGGAGAAGUUUGUGAAAUUCAGGAUAUAUGUGUUCUUUGUUAACUGAUUCACAUCCUUUUUGGCGCCUCACUAGUUUUGUACUGUUUUUGCAUCUUAUUUCCGAAGAUCUUUUUAUGGUGUAUCCUGUUAAAAAGGGGGCAGCGAUGUCAUAGAAAGCAUUUGUGCACUCUUUCAGAUAUAGUUGGGUAAUCCAAGAACCUUAUAUAUUGAUCUUCGUGUUAAUAGUUGAGUACAGUAAGUGUUCUAUCAAGAUUGUCCAUGUUUCCCUGUUUCUUGAUAAAAAUGGUGUAUAGAAACUAUUCCCCCUUAAAUAUUUAUGGACCAAACGGUUGUUAUAUAUCUUAUUAAAUUU